GCCCACACCGUGCAAUAUACCUGUAAUUGACAAGUAUGCCCCUUGACCCAUGGGGUACAUGUUUGAGCGUCGACGAGAAUCCCAGGUCAUCUACACAUGAAUGCUGAGGUACAAGCGAAGCCUACACUUCAAGGACCUGGCUCAGACCGAGCUUCACGAGACCGCACGCAGAGCGCGCAAACAGGUAGUCACUACAUGCUGUGUGGCAGUCUACCUGACAUUGCUUAACGGCCGGCAAAAUGCGCAGCACCAGUGUAUCGCCCUAUGCGGCGCUCGUGCUUGCACUUAUCAGUGGCCGCCUCUCCCUUACAUCCUUGACUUUCACCACCUCUGCCCGAGUCACAAGUCGACUUAUGGCAACAGACACCAGAGGGAGCGAGUUGAGCACAAGGCAGUCUCUAUGGAUGAGCAAGUGUUGCUUGGCCCGUGCCGCCUGUCCUCACGGCUUCGCCUGCGCCUACCCAUGCCAUUCUCAGUAGGAGAGGAGUCACUCUUCGGUAAGAUGCCCAUUGUCAUCUAUUGCCCAAUGCUGAAAUCUCCUGCCGUCGUCGUCCUAACCGGCCGCUUUUGACACUUGUUUAAUGCGUGGCACUGGCUGCAUUCUCUGGCGGAUGCCUCAGUGGGUAUGAUUUUAUGCCAUGCCUUUCCCGUCGCCAACUCAUGCUCCUGUCGUCUACAUUCCUCUUAAGAUCCGCAAGCUGUGAG